ACACGGCAUAGAUCAACACUAGGACCCAGCGGCAAUUUAUCACAUUCGAAGUAUCGCAUUGUGCUCCUGCCUGCAGCGCUUGGGUCAUACCUACUUCUGAAACCGUUAGUCGCUCACGCCCACCUGGCUGCAACCAGCUCUUGCGAAAGCGGAGGCUUAAUAGAUCAAGACUUAAGAGGCUUAAGCCUACAGACGGGAGGCGAAAUGCAUACGUCGGUAAAGCCUACCCUGUCGAGGGCCCCGGCAGCCGCUGCCCUGCAUCGUCCGGUAGCUGCUCCUAUUCUGGGGCGCGCUGCUAGCAAGGGUGUGGCUGCCUCUGCUAGCGCAUCGCCUGCUACUGCCUGGGAUUCAUGGACAUCCUACAUCUCGAAGCACCGCUCGGAUUCCGCUGGUGCUGCUGCUACCAGCCAGGAGGCCGACUACAGCCGGGAGCUGGCAGCAGCCAUCCGCUCCUCCGCCUCCUCCUUCAAACCCAAGUACGUCUCAACCGCUUCUUCCAGCAGUACGACAGGAUCCAUCAACGGAUCUGGUAACGGAUCUGGAUCCGGAUUGGCAGCUGCGGACUUCAAGUUGUCCCAUGUGGGCGACAUCAACCUGAACGACCUGCCCCGGGACCUGCAUGAGCGGUUGGAGGCGCUAGCUUGCCUUCAACUGAAACAGGCCCUGGGCAAGUCCUCGGGCGACCUGGACGCCGCCUCCAUCUCCUUCACCACCACCGAUGUGGAUGCGGCCCUGUGCGUGUCGGGCGUAACCCUGCAGCAGGGUCUGGACAAGACGGCGCUGAUUGCGCUGGUGGCGACGGAGACGCAGCGGCAGGCCUCCUGGUCCCGUCUGGAGGGCCUUAUCCUGCACUGGGGCGCGACUGACGUGGCGGGAGGCGCCUGGGGCCUGCCGCCGCAGGGCUGGGUGGCCUCGCCGAACAGGGUGGUGGAUGCGGGUGGCGCCUGGCAGUGCGGGUUUGAGAAGCAGCAGGUGUCGGGUCCCGAGGGCAACAGCGCCGUGUAUGUGCUGCUAUUGCAGAUCCCCCUGCGCGGCAUCCUCAAGGCGGGCGGCCUGGUGUUCGUGCUCAAGGCCACUGCGGGCCAGAACACGCGCUGGCUGAAGGACGAGGCGACCAAGAAGGACUUCUUCCUGGACACCACCCAGUUCCCCGUGAUCAAGGUUUGAAGCCAUUAGUCGCGGGCGCGGUGAGGUGGGGCGAGACGGCAGGUUGGAGAAGAAGAACAAGAAGUAGGCGAAGAAGCAAAACAAGAAGCACGGAUACCAGGAAGAAGAUUCAGCGGCGGGGUGCAUGUAGGAGGAGAAGGGAGGGAGGAUGCCGGGACGGUUGUUGACGAUUGCUCCUCGCAUGCACACAUGCGUGUUUCCACAAUGUGUUUUCGGAAGUGGGUCGGACCGCUCUCUUAAUAGUUUAGAGGAGUUGCUUCGUGCGUGCGAUUGUGCUGUGUGUUUUGCGGCGUUUGUGCACUUCUGCAUUCGCCUGAAGUGUGGGUGCGACCGUGCCGUAUUGUACCGCUCGAAUAGGUGUAGUACGUUAUUGGCGCGUGCUGCCAGGGAUCCUGCUCUUCCGGUAUAGGUUUCAGCGCAGUAGCAGCAGCUGAUCGGCAGAGCAGCUAGUCGACGAAUGGCUGGCUUAUAAUGUGCGGCUAGUGUAUGUUACAACAAUAAGCUGUAUUACAAUUUGCGUUCGUGUACGGUUCCGUGUUGCUUUGGGUGUAUUGGGUGUACGAAACGGAGAAUGCGAUGCAUGGAGAAACUCUAUAUCUUUCCCGUUAUACACUGUAAGAGAAGAUAUGAGGGAAA